AUGGCAACAGGAACACCAACAACUAAUUCUCAUAGUGGAAAACAUCGAUUAGAUCCUGAAAUAGAAAAAUAUCGUUUAGAACUUAAUUGGACUAAAAUUCUUGAUACACUAAAAUGUGCAAAAGUUUCAGAAUAUGUUAAAUUUUUGGAAGGAGAAGCUCAAUUAGAAUAUUAUUUACAACAAUAUCCAUUAACUGAUUAUCGUCAUAUAGAACAAUCUCGAAAUGAUUUAAUUCGUGUUGAAAAUCUUCUUAAAUCAGGUGGAUCAGUUCGUUCAUUUGAAGGUCAAUGCUUAUUAGCUAAAUUAUAUUAUGCUCAAUCACGUUAUGAUGAAUGUUUAACAUAUGUUAAUUUAGCAAUUAAUUCAAUACCAAAUGAUAUUAAUCAACAACCAAAUAGAUCUUUAUUACUUGCAGAAAUUUAUGCACUUAAUGGACUUUUAUUAGAAGAAAAAAAUGAAAAUUUAUUUCAAAUAAAUCAUUUGAUGAUUCUUAAUUUAGAUAUUGAAAAUUCUUUAAUUGAAUUAGCUUAUCAACGUUUACCACUUUUACAUGCUUCAAGUAAUAAUAUAAAAACAGCUAUUGAAAUAUUUCGUUCAUAUAUUCAAAAUGUUCAUAUUAAAUCAUUAGAAACAAUGAGACAAACAUUAAUUAAACAAUAUGCCGAAUUAUUAUUAAAAUGUGUUUGUAAAGGAAAUUAUAUUCCAAUAAUAAGUUCAGAUGAUAAAACUAAUAAAAAUAAUCAAAUUUUGUUAUUAUUAUUAUUGGGUCAAACAUCAACAUUAAAUGAAGCUGUACUUGAUUGGCAACCUGAACAUGAAGGUCAAAGAGAACGUAGUCAUCAAGCUGCUUAUAAUAUUCUUGCUCUUCUAUCUAUAUUUCUUUCUCGUAAACAAGCAUUUCAUAUUAUUGCUGAUUCUUAUGAACAAGCUCUUCGUUUUUCAUUUGAACAUUUUCAAACAUGGUUUAAUUAUGGAUUAUCAUUAAUAUCAUCAGGUCAAUCAUAUCGUGCUUAUCUUAUAUUAAAAGAAUGUUUACGAAUGCAACCAAAAAAUCUUCAAGUUUAUUUACAACCUGCUAAAAUAAUUCUGGAAUAUAUAUAUGAUUUUCUAUCAUUAUUUGAAAUAUUUCCAUCAACUGGUGAAGAUGGACAAACAUUAUUAAAACAAACAUUAUAUCAAGAACAAUAUUAUUUAAAUCAACAUGAACAACGACCGAGAUUUAUUGAUCUUUUUGAUGAAGCAAUUAAUUAUUGUCAACAAGCAAAAGAAUUUGAAAAUCCUCCAUUUGCUCGUUCACUUCUUGCUAUUGCCAAAUCAUUUAAAGCUCGACAAACUUCAAUUCAUCAUGAUCGUCAAGCACUUUUUCAAUCAGCUAUUAAUGAUCUUCAAGAGUAUUUUUAUUUUUGUUUUUUUAUAUAAAAUAUACGUUUACAUUUAAAAGAUCUUUUUUUUCGUAUAAUUGAUUAAAUGAAUUCGAACUACGUCGCUGUACAUUUUGCAUAAGAACUCAUCUCGCAUUCUAUUUA